AUGGCUGCUGCUGCAAAGGCAAGGCAAAGCCUCCAGGAUGAAGCUUCUUGUUCCAUCUGCCUGGAGUAUUUUAAUGAUCCGGUGACUAUAGACUGUGGGCACAAUUUCUGCCGAGCCUGCAUCACCCAGUGCUGGGAGGGAUCUGAUAAAGACGUCUCCUGCCCUCAAUGCAGAGCGACCUUUCCCCAGAGGAACCUCCGGCCUAACUGGCAGCUGGCCAGCGUGGUAGAAAUCGCCAAGCAGCUAAAUUUGCAAUCGACAAAAGAUGCCGGAGCCGGGAGAGCGUGCGAGAAACACCAGGAGACUCUGAAACUCUUCUGUCAAGAGGAUCAGUCCCCCAUCUGCGUGGUGUGCGACAGGUCCAAGGAGCACAGGGCUCACACGGUGGUUCCUGCAGAGGAGGCCGCCCAGGAGUACAAGGGACAAAUUAGGAGUCGUUUGGAGAUGUUGAAGAAGGAGAUGGAAGGCAUUGCUGCACUGAAAUUGAAUGGGGAAAUAACAAGCGAGGAGCUGCUGCAACAGACGGAGAGCGAGAGGAAGAAGAUUCUGUCGGAAUUUGAGAAACUCCAUCUGUUUCUAGAGGAGAAAGAAUUGCUCCUAUUGGCCCAGCUGGAAGUGCUGGACAAGGAGAUAUUGAAGAGGCAUGAUGAAUUCACCACCAGGCUCACCCAGGAGAUAUCUCGUCUCGGGACCCUGAUCAGUGAGAUGGAAGGGAAGUGCAGGCAGCCAGCAAGUGAAUUCCUGCAGGACAUCAGAAGCACCUUGAGCAGGUAUGAGAUGGGGAAGUUUCAGAGUCCACCAUCCCUUCCUCUGGAACUGAAAAGGAGAGUCAAGGAAUUCUCUCAGAAGCACACAUUUCUGGAGCACACUCUGAGUAAAUUUAAAGAAACUCUUUCGUCUGAACCAAAGCCGGACAAAGUGAUUCUAUCUGGAAAGCAGUUGGACAAAGCCAACGUGACCCUGGAUCCAGACACGGCUCAUCCUCAUCUCAUCCUGUCUGAGGAUGGGAAAAGCGUGAGAUGGGGACCUGCACGGCAGGACGUGCCCGACAACUUCAGAAGAUUUGAUCCCGUUCCCUGUGUGCUGGGCUGUGAGGGGUUCACCUCGGGGAGACAUUGCUGGGAAGUGGAGGUGGACGGGAGCAGUUGGGCCGUGGGGGUGGCCAGAGAGUCUGUGACGAGAAAGGGAGGGGUCAGCUUGGAGCCAGAGGAGGGGAUCUGGGCUGUGGGGCAGCUGAACCCAAUUCAGUAUGUGGCUCUCACUUCUCCUUGGACAAGCCUGCCACCGGAUAGGAGACUCAGGAAGAUCAGGGUCGCCCUGGACUACAAAAGGGGGCAGGUGGCAUUUUUCAAUGCUGAGAACAACACUGAGAUCUUCACUUUCAUAGCAGUUGCUUUUGCUGGGAGAAUCUUCCCGUUCUGCUGGGUGGCAGACAAAAGCUCCCAGGUCAGAAUGUGUCACUGAGCUGCGAGAUCAAGUAUUCCUCUUCCCCCCCCCCCGGGCCUGGAUCUGGCAUCUGCUCCGUAGAAUCUCCUGGCGGAAUUCUAGUCUGUCCGACCCAGCUUCGAACACUCGCUUCACAGCAGUAUCUGUCUGCCCACGCCACCUCCUACUGGAGCACAGAGAGAGCCCAGGUUCUCGAACGCCUGCAGACAAUUCAUGGCACAGACAGUUCCUGACCCCCUAUACACUGCCCCUACUGUGGGAUCCCUCCUCGGAUGAGCAGGAGAGGAUCUUUUCUAAGAGGAGAGAGAUCAGAGGGAUUAGAGGUGGGGGAAACAAAGAGUAACUGGUGAGGAUGUUUAUAGAAGGAAAUAUGAGAGGAAAAUGUA